AUGAGUAAUGUGUCGCUUAUGCCGGGAGCGGAGAGACUGAUAGCACAUUUGCGCCGACACAACAUCCCGAUGGCAAUUGCCACCGGAUCUACACUCGAGUCCUUUCGCAUUAAGAUAUUUAAAUAUCAACAGUUGUUUAAAAUUGGAGACAACUUUCAGCACAUAGUCUUCACGCGAGACGACCCGGAGGUGAGCGCUCCCAAACCGGCACCUGAUGUUUAUCUGGUGGCCGCCAAACGAUUCAAAUCAUCGGCUGAAUCCCAUAAAUGUUUAGUGUUUGAAGACACCAAAACGGGUGUUGACGGUGCGAUCAGCGCUGGCAUGCAGUGCGUUAUGGUUCCCGAUUACAGAUUUCAAUACAUUCAACAAAAUGCUACACAAAUUAUCAAAACUCUUUUCGAUUUUAAGCCCGAAUUGUAUGGUUUGCCUCCAUUUGAAGAUUAA